GCAAGCAGAUGAAGGUUGCCGUCGGGGUUUGCGCAUAUACGACUCAACACUCGCGGCUCUGCUAUAACGCUGUCCGUGGUUCGUGGAAGCUCUUGAAGAGAUACAAACAGCGCAAUGCUAAUACCGGUCCAUCCGACGCUGCGCGCGCUGACGGCGGUGCUGCUACUCCACGGUUCGUGCGGGCGAGGCUACCACGGUCUCCGCGGCCAGUGGGCGCAAUUCACGGGAUGCGUGAGCGUGAACGCCAACGCCUGGCUGGUCACGACGAGCGGAGGCUGCGGCGCACGGGGGAUGUAUCAAACGUUCAGCGACAUGAUCACGGCCAACUGCAGCAACUGCGACAACUUCUUUCACUGUAAGGCGCACUACCUGGCGGCCAAGUGUGGCGGGCAGGACUCAAGCAGAGUCGCCGAGGUCGUCAGCCUCUGCUGGAUACAAUCUCAGCGAGAUGAGUACGGGAACAGGCACGGAAACGAGGAGGCUGAAGAGUACGGAAGCAACGGCGGUGACUGCGCAGAACGCUACUUGCUGCGCGAGGACUGCCACUACAGGCCCUCCAGUGGCGAGUGCAGGCCGUUGAUAUAAAGGCCGCGAACGGCCGCAAGCCGUUUCUUGAUACAGUGUUCUGCACAAUUUCGGGACACAGUUUCCUGGUGCCGUCGUUUAUUAAAUCGCACUUUUAUUUACUGUUGUCUAUAUGCGCAAUUAAGUGCUUUUUUUGGACUGUCCGUACAUGCUACGCAUUUGGUUCCAGCUGCGCGCUGAAAGAUAUGUCGAUCGCUCCAGCAGAGAACCUUAAACUUGGUCCACUGCAUGAGAUUCGAAGCAUAUUAGAAUUCUAACAAAGGAUGCAUCUAUAGACACCACCGUAGCCUUAACCUACUCAAGUAUCCAAUCAGUGUUUCAAGCAUACAGCAUCAUUCCAAGAUGUAUUGUUGAAACAGGAUGCGCUCCCCAGCAACCGUAUGAACCUUUGCGUUGAU